GAGGCAACUAUAUACUAAUAGAUGUUAUGCGUACGUUCAGAAUCAGAUGUAAAGCAUUUUGAGCGUUGUCAACUCGUACAAAAUAUCGUGCUAUAUACGGUCCUUUAAAUGCGCAAAAACCCUUGUACAGAUUUUACAAGACUGUUUUCUAAAGUGCUGGUAAGGUCAGCGUGUUCAUUUUCAACCAUGUAAGUGCCUUCCAGUGUUGUUAUAACAUAGGAACCAUGGUUGGCUAAGUGAAGAACAAAUCAUCUUGACAAAUUACAUGAUGACUCGGGAACUAAAUGUUUGCUUAAUUAUAAAAACAAUGAAUCGUCAUUACAUCACCUUUCACACGCAAGUACUCCUUCUACAUAACAACAUUUGAUUUCAUGAAAUGAUAUAAGCAUAAGUUAAACAAUGGUAUUAUAUCUUUUCAGAUACACCUUGGCCGAAAGUAAACUGUUUUUUUUGCGAUUUUAACUUGAUAAAAAAGAAAAGGCAUGAGUGCUGAAAUUGCUUGUACAACGUUCGAAUGUUAUCUCGAGCAGUUCCGGAACAACCAGCGAACUAUAGCUUCGUUUGAUUCAACAACCGCUUUAAUACCGAUAGACUUUGAUUCUGACGGAGGCGAUGAAAUGAGACCGCCUACAUCAGCUUUCAGAAUUCUCUUUCCCAUUCUUCUUAUUCUUGGAAUAUUUAUGUUGAUUGCAAUCAGCGUCGUGUUGCAUAGAAUUGUACUGAAAUUGGUUCGCAAAAGAUGGUCAUCAACUUUAUCCCGUCAACGAAAUAACGAUGAAUCUGAAACAUCCCGACGUGUGAACACUGUUAGUCAAUAUACAGAUAAUCCACCAAGUUAUAACCAGGUGCUGGCCAACAUUGAAGAAGACUCGUUACCUACAUAUUAUCAGGUCAUGAACGGAAUCGUGAACCUUGGAUUUAUGAACGAGGUUCAUGUGAUGCAAUCAUCACAAUCACAGGGUCAGACUUCAACGUCCAAUAGUGCAGAUCAUUUAACAAGGCAACCAACAGAUUCUGUGAGCUCAGAAAAUAUAGAUGAAAGCGUUCCACCUCCUAUGUACAACACCAACAACCGACCAACACGCGUAAAUAUCGCGACAAAUGUAAACCCAACGACCAAUGACAUAGAAGAUAUAAUUGACUCUAUAGCAGUUCCAAGUAGAGUAUCAGAACCUGUUUCACGCCACUGUAGUACAACUUUAAGAUGCAACUUUAACAAAGGCGAACCAAGUCGAUUGCCUGCAACCUCUUCCACGCUGCAAUCUACCAGCUGUUGUUCAACCAGCACCGUACGUAAUCAAGGUCUAUUAAAAGCUACACCGAUUUUAACAUUGCCACGGUUAUUUAGUUAUGAUAGAACUGUAGAAAGCGAAAGUACGUCGGUUUAAUUAGUUUACUUCUCAUUUGUUGAUACAAAGACACGGUUAUCCAUUGUUUAUUACACAUUUUAAACAAGAUUGUCUUUUAAAUCCAAUAACGUAUUAUGAGCCAUGUGUUUUUAUUAUGCAUUGAUACUACAACUACAAGCAAACAUCAAUCAGAUAUUUUGUUUACUCGUUUUACUAUUUACCAUCUGCGUAUAUUACUCUCUUAUAUAAAUGUUAUCGUCUUACUACAUAUAUUUUAUCUUUUUGGUUUUUCAUCGCGCCGCGUUAUGAUAUUUAUGCUGUAGAUUCGAUAAUAAAUUACCGUCUGUUGUUUUAGAAUUUUGUACAGAUACCAUACAUGACAAGAGUAUGGUGGAUAAACAUGUUUAUUAUGUUAUUUAUAUGUUUGUUAUUAUUAAUACAACACACAUACGUACAUAUCAUGUUGAUGUUUAUAAUUACGCAAAUCGAAAUACAACAAACAUGAUGACUCAAA